AUGACUCUAGGAACUAGGCAGAAUUUGCCAGCACCAAGGCCUUUCCAGGAAUGUGCACACUCGAUGAAUCCUGAAAAGUUUUCCAAACGAUAUCUGCGCCGCCACUCGUAUGACGACUCUGAAUCUUCCAUGGGCCAAACUAGCCGCCGUCAGCUCCGUUAUUGCAGAGCUGAACAUGCACUCUUGAUCUCCUUUCAUUCUCAUCUGGAUACUUCACCCUCUGACAACACUACUAACGACUCUCUGCAAAUACAAUUACGGCUUCUUCACCAAGCAACAGCAUUUCUUACAACUCAAGCAGCCGACGCUCGAGAGCGGUUGGAUGCUUUGUCCAAUGGCGUCUUGAAACGUUCGGAUAUCCAACCGGAAAAGCACAGGCAGGCCUUGAUUGAGAGGUGGAGGGAGCAACGAAGUCUAGAGAAGAUUGAAAGCGAGGUCAAACAAGUUGAAGCGGUCAUUGCGAAUAUGAACGCAAAUCGUUCGAUCGCCACAGUGACAGACCAAAAUCCAGAAUCAAGAGCUCAGAAAAACCUGAUCAGGUUUCUUCAUACAAGUUCUCUUCGUCCAAAUGCUCGACGUCUGCGGCCCCGUCCGCGGAGCACUAUUUUGCUCGUAGACCGUACUCCACGUCGCAUGACGCUCGCCGAUGUUACCCCCAUCCGUGCACGUCCCUGGAGCAUCACGGAAGCUUUGAUCAGGGAGCAUGCACAACUGAAAAACGCUACUCCAGCUCUCAUACCCGCCCCCCAUGCAAAGAUUUCGAAUUCGCCGCCAGGAUUUCAAAGACAUGGCAAAAAACAGAUAAUGGCACUUUCCGGCUCGUUGGGUAGUAUUUCAGAAGUCAGUUCUAUGUUUGUGGCACUAAGGAAUCAGGCAGACGGUGGACUGAAGGGAGACAGCACACCUUCCUCAGCCUUCACUUCUGUUUUUAGCCAUUCCGAAGACACUGAAAGCGUGAGCGAGAUCGACACGCCUGUUCCCGCAAUCGGAGAUUCCGGAAACGAGGCAACAAGCCCUUGUCCUUCUAACACUCCACUACUUCCCUCUCGCCUUGACAUGCCUCCUACCCGCGCGACGACUAAUUACACUAAUGGAACAGCGACAAUCUACCCGCAUGCUCAUCACCAUUCCAAUUUCGACAAUAUCGAAGUAGAGGUAGAAAUUCCAAUCUAUGCCCAGGAACUUUUCGCUGGCUUCGACCGUGUUGGAUUGGACUUUGGGAUGGAUGGGGCCUUAGACCUGCCUUCUAACACCACAACGACCUCGUCGGCUCCUGAGACGCCGAACCAGAUACCGAAACAAUCUAAACACAUCGCCUUACCUUCUGUUUUCCUUACUCCUCCCCGCCGCUCGCCUCGGUCUUCCGGCUCCCUUAAAGGCCGCGCUCCAAACUUGAAACCAAGUGUCUCGCUGGGAAGUCUUCAACCGGCCUCUCACAGUCAACUACGUCUGGAGCGCGAGCGAGCUUCGCUUCUUUCGAUUCCUGAAUCGUCUUCGAUGCUUUCCUUAUCAAGCUCGCGAAAUAGCUUUGCUCCUUCCAGGUUUGGGAAUGGCACCUUCGUUAAGGAGGAUAACACAUUUCCAUUGUCGACCGUACUUUCCCCGCCACUCGAAAUCAGAAGUAAUGCACCCGCCAAUGUCACGCCGAAUGAGGACUCCGGUAACUCGAAUCAUACACAAUCUAGUCCGAACUCGAAAGUUACGAGGUUGAAGAGGAAGCUAUCUGCGCGAUUAUCGUUGACGGUGUUCGGGUCACCGACGAAGACUCUGAAGAAGAAAGAAUUUGACUAUAUGGGUUGA